GCUUUGCCCGCAUCUCCUCAUAAUUCUGCUUCUGCUCUUUCUGCAGAGCCAGCGACUCUUCUAUGGAGAGCAGCUGUGCAGGCAGGGAGUGGAGCAGAAGAAGGCGAGCUGCUGUGACAUCAUCAAGAUGCUGCCUAGCCCUGCAUCUCUGCUCUUCUGAGGAAACAGGAGACUGAGCCCUCUGACAAUGACUUGACGCUGGGAGAGAAACAUCAUACCCUGGCACUGAACUAAGCAAGAAUCAGGCCGUGAAGGAAAAGGAGAGGCUGAUUAAAGAGCUGCAGCUCAUUACCGAGGAGAGAAAUGACCUGAGAGAUCGCCUGAGGUUUCUGACAGAGAGAUCCAUGAAGAACAGGUCACACAUCAGGCCAAAUCCAUAUUAUGAAGACCUGGAGAGAAUGGAGGAGGCGGUCAUGUCAAUUCUGCACAACUUAGAGAUGGAGAACACUGAGGUCCAUGAGAACAACCAUAAGCUGAAGAAGGAGAUUACCUUCUCUAGAAACCUGCUCAGCCAGCUCCUGAUGGAGAACACAUGUAGGAAGAAGUUGGUCCCACUGAAGCAGGAGAGCAAGGAGGUACAUCUUGAUUGUGCACUGAACCAGAAAUAUUUGGUUGACUUCAACAAGAAAGAUAAAGACCAUCAACGGCCAGAUCCAGCAUUAUCAGGUCUCAGAAAGUGCAAGAGAGCUGGAAUUGGACACACACCAGUAAGAGAGCUUCCUGAAGAAUAAGUUGCUUUCUCAGGAGUCCCUGAUGACCAACAACAUCCUGAAUGAAAACAGCACUUAAGAGACAACCUGGGGGACCGCCUUUCAUUAUGUGUGCUAGAGGAGAAACAGCAAUACGUCUGUGCUUCUAAAUGUUCGUUAAGAAUAUGCUUUUAGAAAUAUUUUUGUUAUGAUUUUAAUUGAAGUUUUCUUUUUGUUGUUUCAUAUUUAUAUGUUCUUG